AUGAAAUCACAGCAAAGUAUUAUUCCAACAUUGAAGAAAGCUGCCUUGUUAUUUGGGUGGGUGGUGUUCAUACUACUAUCUUACAAGGUGUCCAAGCUCGACAGAGAAUACCAAGAAUAUAAUCCUUAUGAGGUCCUUAACUUGGAUCCGGAAGCUUCUUUGUCGGAAAUCAAGAAACAAUACCGUGUAUUGUCUCUUAAAUAUCACCCCGACAGAGGUGGUGAUGAGACUACAUUUAUGAGGAUUGCCAAAGCUUAUGCUGCAUUAACCAAUGAACAAUCACGUCUAAACUGGAUAAACUAUGGAAAUCCAGAUGGUCCAGGAGCUACCAGUUUUGGUAUUGCACUGCCUGCCUGGAUUGUGGACCAGAAGAACUCAAUGCUGGUCCUUUUAGUGUAUGGAUUGGCUUUCAUGGUCAUCCUUCCUGUGGUUGUGGGGACAUGGUGGUACCGCUCUAUCCGCUACAGUGGAGACCAGAUCCUUAUCAACACCACCCAGCUUUUUAUGCAUUUUAUGUACAAAACGCCCAACAUGAACAUGAAGCGCCUAAUCAUGGUGUUAACGGCUGCACUCGAGUACGACCCUCGCAGCAACAAGGAAGCUACGAUACGACCAACAGACAACAUUGUAGUACCACAGCUCAUCCGUGAAUUGGGGAAUAUAAAUGUCAAGAAGAAGGAGCCUCCUUUCUGCUAUCCUUACAGUUUGAAGGCCAGGGUUUUAGUUCUGGGUCAUUUAGCACGAAUGGAUGUUUCAGAGGAACUAGAGGAAGAUCAGAGGUUUGUAAUGAGGAAGAGCCCUGCUCUUCUUCAGGAGAUGAUUAAUGUUGGAUGUCAAUUGACAAUGAUGGCCAACAGUAGAGGAGGUUUUCAUGCUCCACGGUUGGUGACUAUCGAGAAUUGUAUGAAGCUGACCCAGAUGAUCGUGCAAGGUCUUCAGGAGUCGAAGUCGCCUCUGUUGCAGUUGCCUCACUUUGAGGAGGAGCAUUUGCGCUUCUGUAUCUCCAAGAAGUAUAAAGUACGGACGCUUCAGGACCUUGUGAGCCUGAAGGAUUCAGACAGGCGCAGCAUGCUGCGCUUCUUGGGGGAGGAGAAGUACGACGAGGUGAUGGCUGUGCUUGGCAGCCUUCCUCACAUCACCAUGGACACUAAACUGCAGGUUCUUGAUGAUGAGGACAGUAAUAACAUCACUGCAGGCUCCAUUGUCACAGUUACUGUCACACUUACAAGAAAACGGAUGGUGGAGGUAUUUGAAAAGGAGCAGGAGGCGACUCCAUGUCCAGGAGAAGAGGCACCAAACUCAGAGGAAGCGCCUGGAGAUGCAAAUAAAGUCAAACCUAAAGUUUGGCAAAACAAGAACAAAGGGGCUAAAAAGAUGGCAAAGUCUAAGAAGAAGAAAUUACCCAAGAAGAAAGCUGCUCCUGCCACAUCCAAAACAAAACAAGCAAAUGGCAAUGUCACAGGAACUGAAGUGGCAGCAGGGGCCGCCGCAACAGCAGCAAAGGACGAGGAGGACGAGGGCUCAGACAGAGGCAGUGAGUCUGAUGAGGGCGAGGCCAACAAAGACUCUCCCAGCGAACGAGAGGAAGACAGCGACAAACAGAGCGACACUGAAGCAGAUGAGAUUGCAGGAGACGACGAGGAGGAGUGGGAGGCGCUGCAACAGAGCAUCCAGCGGAGAGAGAAGGCUUUGCUGGAGACCAAGUCAAAGGUGACGCACCCGGUUUACAGCCUGUACUUCCCAGAGGAGAAGCAGGAGUGGUGGUGGCUCUACAUCGCAGACCGCAAAGACCAGACCCUAGUGUCCAUGCCCUUCCAUGUGUGCACACUAAAGGACACAGAGGAGGUGGAACUGAAGUUUCCAGCGCCCUCCAAAACAGGCAACUACCAAUAUUCUGUCAUCCUGCGGUCUGACUCCUACAUGGGCCUGGACCUGAUCAAACCACUGAAGCUGGAAGUGCACGAGGCCAGAGCGAUCCUGGACCAUCCACAAUGGGACAUCCCAGACACAGAGGACGAAGACGAGGAGCCAGAAGAGAGCGACGGCAUCGAGGACAGCGAAGAGGAGGACGAGGACAAUGACUGA